UUGUGCGAAUGUGUUACCCUUGUGAUUUCCAGCCAGGUCACUCCAAGUCAGCUGCUUUGGCUGCGGCUGUCGGUGGAAGCUCCUCCGUCUUCCCAGUCCCUGGCCCCUUUGCUUGCCUGCCCAGGAUCGGCUCCCGGGCAAGGGGGGACAAGAGGAUGUGCCUGCGGCUAUUCUGGUAGCUGUGAGUUAUGGCGGUGUCAUGUGAAGCAAAGCGCCCAGAAAUGCAUGUCAAAUCAAACCAGUGACUAAUCAUGAUAUUUUGGUUGUCUUAGUGCCUGCCGGGCAAAGAUUUAUGGGCUUAGAAAAUCUUCAAGUAAUAAUCCCCGGGCGCUGAUUUGAUCGUCAGCGGAGGCUUCCUAAGAGAGCGCGAAAAGAGGACGAAAAGGGGGCUGCUGUCCCAGGGGCGUCAAGGUCUAAACUUAUCUGAGUUUGAAACACAAAUGAGAGAGGAGAAAAGCCAGUGCUCCCCGCUCAUCUGUGUCUGCUCAGAGCCAUGCGCUGGCAGCCAGACAGGAUCUAUUUGAUCUGCCUGCGGAGCAAGAAGGGUCGAGGGGGACGGCUGAGCAGACACAAAGCGUCAUUUGUUGGGAUUGUCGUCUAGCUCCCUCAUCUGUCACCCGAUGGCCAGCCAAGCAAGUGCUCAGCGCAACCGUGGACCAUUCAUCCUUGCGCAAGCGACGGAGGAGCGAAAACUGGAGGUCUGCUGGGAAUUCAAGCAAUGACUGCUGAGUCGGGCAGCUGUUCCAAUAUCUAAUUGCAUUUUAGCUUUGAUAACUCAAGGGGAAAGAGUUGCAUUGCCUACCAUGAGCUAUUUCCUCUCCUACUGCAAAGCACACUGCACCGCCGUGCUCACCCAGUACCAGACCCUGAGAUCAGAGGGCUUUCUGUGCGAUAUUUUGCUGAAAGUGAAGGAAAACGAGUUUCCUGCACACAAGUCCUUGUUGGCAUGCUCCAGCGACUAUUUCCGAGCCAUGUUCAAAAGUUAUACCCAAGAGUCUAAAGCCAGUGUAAUUCACCUGCAAGUUGUCUCGCCCACCGGUCUCCAGCACGUCCUGGAUUUCAUUUACACUUCCUUGUUGCCCCUUUCCUUUGAAAGCCUGGAAGAUACCUUGGAAGCUGCAAGCUACUUGCAAGUGACUGAUGCUAUUGGCUUGUGCAAUCAGUACUUAGUUAACAAUCUUGCCUUGGAAAACUGCUGCUUCUCUGCCAACGUGGCCAGGAAGUUCUACCUGCCAGAUGCCGUAGUAGCAACAGAAAAAUACAUUGUCAAUAAUCUCUGGAAGCUGCUGGACUUGGAUUUGUCGGGACUGCUCGAGCUGAACUUCAGGUCUUUGCUAGCAGUGGUUGAAUCACCAGAUCUCCCCAUGGUGAAAGAAACCCGCCUGCUGAAUCUUGUGCUGCUGUGGCUGAAGGAGGACAAAUCCAGGCUGGCUCACGCUGGCAGCCUUUUAGAGCACAUAAGAUUCGGCCUCAUCCCAGUGGAAGAGCUGAGAAAAACCUACACACAGUCAGAAGUGCCCCUCUCCGCAGGUAUUAAGUGCUUGAUCAUUAAGGCAAUAAACUACCAUACGUCUGUUUUCAAACAGCCUGUCCUGCAGGAUAAGUCCACCACGCUGAGGAACCAGAAAACUCGGAUCAUUCUGCUGGGGGGAGGGACGGCAAGUGAGGGGCUUGUCACCGAUGUGGUGGCCUUCGAUGUUUACAAUCACAAAUGGCGAGCUCUCACGCAGGUGCGGGACAGGGUGCAGAACCACAGUGUGUGCGUGGUGGGGAACUUCCUCUAUGUCUUGGGUGGGGAAAUAGAAAGUGGUGCCCCGGGUGACCCUAAAACCGAAAAGAUCUUAUCGGUUACGAACAAGGUCCAUCGUUAUGAUCCCAGAUUUAACACGUGGACCCAAACCACGGGCAUGCUGGAAAAGAGAUGCCAGUUUUCUUGUUGUGUCCUAGGCCAGGAUAUCUUCGCCAUUGGUGGCAGGGGGGAGGACGGGUCACUGCAUUCGUCUGUGGAAGUCUACAACAUCAGCAGGGACAGAUGGACAAAGGCCAGGGCAUUGCCAUGCAAGACACACGGCCAUGCCAGUGCCAUUUGCAAGAAUACUAUAUACAUCUCAGGCGGAAAGUACACAGAUCCAGCCGACACAAGCAAGGACCUAUAUUCUCUGAGCUCACUUGAAGGGCAGUGGAUUAAACAAGCUCCCAUGAGCAUUGCUCGCUUUGGGCAUCAGAUGGCAACAAUCAGAGAAGCCAUAUUCACGUUUUUAGGAUUAUACGAACCAUUCUCUGAAAUAGAAAGAUAUGACCCUGAUCAAAACCAAUGGACUCGGUUAAGGCCACUGAUCUAUGAUCGAUUCUGCUAUGGCCUGGCAGUGGUAGAGGAAACAGCUCUUCUUAUUGGGGGUAAGAAAUGGCAAAACUCACAGGAGGUCCCCACGCAAGAUGUGGUUGGCUACGACAUCGACAACGACGGCUGGGAAGAGAUCUGCAAAGCCCCCUUGCCUUGGUGCGGGCUGCAGUGCGCGGUGCUGCAACUCUCUGAACUGGCCGAUGAGCAGGACAGUGACAGCCAGCAGAAGAGACCGCCAAACUGCUGAGCUCACACGCUGAGGAAUAACCAUCCGAGGAGAGGAGCCAGCAUGGGGGUCCUGGAGAGGAAGAAAAUUGCAAUGGCACUGACUGUGACCGAACGGAGGUUUUGCUUUGAUAAGCCGUACACUUGGUGGAAAAAGGCAAGAAAGUCUGGUUCCAGCACGGGAAAAGUGCUAGGAUUUAUAGAGCUGGAAGCUGAUCUCACUGUAGAAGGAGCAAGUAGCACGUCUAGAGGCGAUGAGUGAGAAUCAUAAUCUUUGACUUUUGAAGAAUAAUACCUAGAUGGCAAUUAAUAGGUGUUGCAAGUCAAAUUUUUCAAAGGUUAAAAAAUAUAAUCUGUCUUUUCUGCUUUCUUAAACAGAGGUAAUUUUCCCAGCUGGUAAGUGCUAUUGAAUUUUUAUGCUAUGGCUAAGCAAAAUAAAAGUGAGAUGUAUAAAGACUAGCAAAUUGAAGCCUAUGAGAACUAA